AUGUCAUUUAGAAUUACUAAAUAUGAAAAUGGACAAAGAUUAGCUAUACAUAAUUCUCUCAGGAAACAAAGAAGACAAAAACUACUUCAAAAAUUAAGAAAUGAAAAUGAAUUAAAAGAGUUAGGAUUUAGUGAUGAGUGCGUUAUAAGAAAAGGAAUCAAUAUGGUUCUGAGUAAUGACCUUACAGGUAUUGAUUUUAUUUAUCAAAUUCUUUAUGACAAAGAAGUAAAAAUUGACCAAAGUCUUGUUAAUUCUAUGAUUCAAUGUUUUGUUCCUUUAUUCCAACAAAACAGUAAUAAACUAAUAAUGGUUUUAAAAAUUCUUCAUCAAACUUCUCUUGGGAUUACUUAUCAAUCUGUAGAAAUACUCAAACAAACUGGAAUUGUAUCAUUUUUAAUAUCAAUUAUAAUCAAUCAAUUAUCAUCAAUUAAUAUCACCUUUUUUAUUGAGUCAUUACAUAUAUUAGCAUUACUAUUUCAAGCUCAAAUACAACUACGAAAUGAAUUGUUAACUGAAGAAUUUAUCAAUAAGUUUUUAUCUGUUGCUCAAGAACUUAUUAAUUGUGAAGAUGCUCAAGUCUUUAAGGCUAUUGGCAGUUUUUUAGCUUCAUACACUCAUCAAUUACCAUUUCAAUGUGAGUCUAUAUCAAUAAAAAUAUAUGAAAUUGCUCACGAAUUGCUCCAACGAUCCUUUGGAGAUGUAAUGGCAAUCAUGUUGAUUGUAAUGAAACAUACAUCAGAGUCAUUCCAAAGAAUCAUAAAGACAGCAUUAGAUAAUGGAAUUAUGCAACAAUUAGUUAGUAUAAUUUUGUAUGACUCAGACAAAUGUAAAGAGAGAGUUCUAAAGAUGGUACUGGUAUGGUGCAAGAAAUGUGAUUCAUUGUGGUUAUCAAUGAACUCUUUUGUAUUGGCAAUAUUCAGUUAUUUAAAAGAAGCUUCAAAUGAUAUUCUUAUUGAAAUGAUAUAUUUUCUUAAGGAAUUAUUCCUGUUUGAACAAUACUUACCAUCGUAUUUAAAAUUACUUAAAGAAAAUAUUGACGCACUUCAAUUUCUCAUUGCUUCUAUUCGUUCAAAAUAUCUGAAAAUUCAAGAACUUUCAUUGGAAUUUGUACAUCAAAUAUGCUUGUUAAAUGAUUGUCAGUUGAUGGAACUUGCAAUCGACAAUGGAAUGGUAGAGAAUGUAGUUGACAGUUUAACAAAUGAAUGGAUUAAGAAUGAUGGAAGAAUGGUAAGUAUAGUAUUAGAAAGUGUUUUGAAUAGUUUCAAGUGUAGUUUAGAGAGACAUAAAGGGAUAAGUGAGGGGAUUGAAAAUCGAAAUGGAUGGAUGAACAUAGGAAUGGUUGAUGGUAAGAGUCAAAAGACGAAAGAGAUAGUUGAAAAGAUUAAAGGGAUGAUAGAAGAAGAAAGACGAGGGGAAGAGAUGGAGAUGUGUGAGAUUUAA